UUUCAUUGAAACAAAACACAAUCAUCCUUUCGAUUAGAUUGUUCAAAUUGAGUAGAAAGGAAAAUUAAAUAAUUAAAAGACGACAUGACUUCAAUGUUUGACCAGUACAACAAAACGCUGAAACGAGAGGAACAUCCACCCGAUAUCAGCAGCUAUAAUGAACCGAAAAAUACUGGAUAUGUAUCGGUACGGAUUCGAUCUGAGGAACAGCCCAUUUUUUCAAAACAAAAAAUGAAAUUGAAUCUACCGCACGAUAUCUUAUUCAUGACUGUUUGUAACAAUUGGCUGGUCACAUUGAUGUCUCAUCAAGUCAUACUACGCUUGUUCCUACUGCAGCCGGACCGACAAGACGAGGUUUAUCUGGAAAAAUACCUGGCUGGCUUGAAAGUAUCCAAUCUGUUCUUGGAUCCAUUGGGAAAUCAUUUACUCAUUUCCUUGACACCAAAAUCGACUGGAUUUUCUCCAGAACUUCUGUACUUGAACCGGAAGACAAACAAACCGAAGAAGAUCGAAAAGUUCAAAGAUCACGAGGUGACCGCCGUUGCAUUCAACUAUGAAAAUAAGUUGGACUCAACGACCGGUUCGAUAUUGAUUGGAACCAGCAGAGGUUUGAUAUUCGAAACGGAGUUCGGUGUCGAUGGCGAUAAGGUGCAGAAUAAUUGGAAACAGCUUCCGAACUAUUUACCAUUAUACGGAAAUCGUGAUGUUGAUGGCUUGGUAUUUGAUGUUGGCAAAGGAGAACAUUGCCCAAUAACCGGUAUUGAAUUCCACAAAGUGCCGAAGACGACACGGUACAUCAUAUUAGUAACCACAUUGGAUCGACUGUACAAAUUUCAAGAGGAAUUGCGAGUGGAAGAGAAAUCACCGUAUCUUCAGAAUAUAUUCAACUCCUAUCUGUCUGUGCCGGAGCACAUUCGCGAUUUCCAUGAGAUUCCAAACAAAUUAAAAUACUCAAAGCUGCGAUUCAACUAUGAUUCUGCCACAAAAUAUCCCAAAUAUUUCGGCUGGUUAACAGAUCCGGGCAUUUUUUCCGGAGAAAUUGAUCCAAUAGCCGAAUCACAUCAAUUUAUUAUUAGCAACGAGAUCAUUCCCUUCCCAACAAACGCUGAAGCCAACACAGCCACUACGAGCGAAUCGUAUGUGGCAAAGAGGUCGUUCUAUCCCAUAUCAUUCGUACUGACGGAUUUCCAUGUCUUACUGCUAUACACGGAUCAUAUAACUGCUGUGUCGCUGUUGAACUACCAAACGAUAUACGAGGAGUAUUUUACCGAACAGUAUGGACGUCUGCUAGAUUUGGUAAAAGACACCGCAAACGAUACCAUUUAUGCUUAUACCAGCAAAUCCAUAUUCCGGUACAAAGUUCACAAUGAGCAGCGGAACGUGUGGCGAAUGUAUUUAGACAAAAAUGAAUUCGAAUUGGCACAAAAAUAUUCCCAAGACAAUCCAGCCCAUUUGGACAUUGUGCUGGUGAAGCAGGCAGAAUUGUUUUUCCAGCAGCGUGACUACAUGAAGAGUGCUGUCAUUUAUUCGAAGACGCAGUCGUCGUUCGAAGGAGUUUGUUUGAAAUUCUUGGAGAUCAACGAAAAGGAAGCCCUGAUGACAUUCCUGCGCAACCGGUUGGAACAUUUGCCUGCUCAGGAUAAAACUCAAAUUACAAUGCUGGUCGUCUGGAUGGUGGAAUUGUAUUUGACCGAAAUGGCGCAUAAUGUGGACAAUCAGAAGGUCGUUCUGCAGUUGCAGAAAGAAUUCGACACGUUCAUGAACUUACCCAGAGUGGAGGAGUGCAGCCGCAGUAAUCGUUCGGUUAUUUAUGAUUUGUUGGCCUCACAUGGAGACAAUUUCAAUUUGACAUCACUCACCACCGUCAACAAAGACUAUGAAUCGGUUGUUAACCAACAUAUAAAUCAAGCGAAUUUCUCGAAAGCACUGGCCACGCUGAGCGACCAAAAUAAGCCAGAACUGUACUACAAAUACUGUCCGAUUUUGAUGGAAGAAAUUCCGAAAGAAACGACAUCGGCAAUUAUCGCUCUCGGCAAACGUUUGGAUCCUGUGAAAUUGUUACCGACACUAGUUAGUAUCGAUGGUGAUGAACAUGUGGGCGAGGUGAUUCGGUAUUUAGAGUUCUGCAUUCAUUCAAUGGGCUGUACCGAAUUGGCGAUUCACAAUUUUUUGGUUAAACUAUACGGUCGUGAUAGACCGGACAAAUUAAUGAAUUACUUGAAAAUCCAAGGAGAAGACAUCACAAUGGUACACUAUGAUGUCCAUUACGCAUUAAGAGUCUGUCGGGAGCAUGAUGUGAAAGAAGCCUGCGUAUUCUUGCAAUGUCUACUGGAACAGUGGCAUCCAGCUGUUGAAUUGGCUCUAUCAUUCAAUACUUCCUUAGCCCAGUCUACCGCGUCCCGUCCGAUUGAACGUGACAUACGUAGAAAGCUGUGGCUGAGAAUAGCUGAACAUGAGAUUAAAGGCAAAGAUGACGUUAAGCAGGCAUUGGAACUACUCAAAGACUGUGAUUUGUUGCGCAUUGAAGAUUUGCUACCGUUUUUCUCCGACUUCGAAAAAAUCGAUCAUUUCAAAGAAGCGAUCUGUGAUGCGCUCAAGGAAUACAAUCUCAAAAUUCAAGAACAACGUAAGGACAUGGAAGAAUCUGCAAAGUCGGCUGAACGGGUUCGAAACGACUUCCAAAUGUUCCGUAAUCGAUCCGUUGUGAUUGGAUCCGAUGAACAGUGUGCCAUUUGCAGCGUUUACUUGCUUCUGAAGCCGUUCUUCGUAUUUCCAUGUGGCCAUAAAUUUCACGGCGACUGUUUGGAAACAGAAUUAACGCAUCACCUGAGUCCUGAGGAAGCACGGAAACUGGCGUUGUUGAAGCAACAAUUGGCCGGUACACAAGCACAGUUGGAUACGGCCAGUUUGAACGGAACGAAAAUGUCCAGUAGGGAUCAGUUAAAAGCAGAGAUCGAGACAAUACUGGGCUCAGAUUGUUUGUUCUGCGGUGAAAUUAUGGUAAACAGUAUUGAUCAGCCGUUUAUCAACGAUUGGGAGAAAGUAAACAGUGACUGGCAAUAGCUCCAUUCGAGCGUUAAUUUUGUAUUUAUUAUUAUUGUAUUCAGCUAGAAACUGUACAUGGCUACGAUAGCAAUGUGUCGUUUUAUUUCAUUAUACGUAACAUCUAUUUAACAGAAUUUA